GUGGGGCUGAACUUAACUAUUAUGACGUCAUGGCAACUAGCGCCCACUUCACACAGCACAUUUCUCAUCUAGGCUAUACCGCUUGCUUUAAACCCUACCGAGAAAGCUGUCAGUCUGAAGAGGGCGGUUUCGUUAUGCGCGAGGAUUCUCGGUUUUAGUGAGUGACGGUAAAUGAAGUCCUUCCUAGAAGCGAUGCCACCGGUUUGUCUCCGAGUAGAACUUAUUUGGGGGUUUGUAGUCGAUUUUAUUUGAUCGGUGAGCAAUCAAUCAGCAGCAGCGGAGGUGAAGACGCCGGGGUGCUUUCUGCUCUUCUGUCAUAUAGGCUCUUCCCAGCUUGUCUGUGUUGUGAACUCAGGCGGACCGCCCUUCCACCCACCUCAAGAUGCACAUGAAUAGCUUAUUAAACCAGUGCACGGAGAUCUCCAGGAUGUGUGAGGUGGACGUUUCAUCUGAGCCCACCAGCCCAACACUGUAUAGAGAGUCUUCUGAUACAUACUGCCAUGUGGACCGCUGGCAGAAGCUACGCACAGCCGUCCGCAAACUAGAAUUCUGGGAGAACUUCACACAUGAGCUGAUUGGCAGUGGCUUCUUCUCAAAGGUUUACAAGGUAAUACACAAUACCACACGGAAGGUGAUGGUAGUAAAGAUCUAUAAGAAUGAUGUCGAUCAAGACAGCAUUGUACGAGAAAUCAGCCUUCUGCAGAAACUCUCACACCCCAACAUAGUGAGGUAUCUGGGUAUUUGUGUCAAAGAGGACAAGUUGUACCCAAUUCUGGAGUAUGUUAGUGGAGGAUGUUUAGAGGAGCUGUUAGCCAGGAAAGAUGUGCCUCUGUGUUGGAGAGAGAAAGUAGACCUGGCCUCUGACAUCACCAGAGGGAUGAUUUACCUCCACUACAAGAACAUCUACCACAGAGAUCUGAACUCUAAGAAUUGUCUAAUAAGGGUGACAGCGAGAGGCAGAGAAGCUCUGGUUACUGAUUUUGGUUUGGCUCGAGAGGUGGUUGAACUUCCUGCAAAGGACAGAAAGCUUUCACUUGUGGGUUCUGCUUUCUGGAUGGCCCCUGAGAUGCUGCGCGGGGAGCCCUACGACCGCAAGGUGGAUGUGUUCUCUUUUGGAAUUGUUUUGUGUGAAAUUCUGGCUAGAAUCCCAGCAGACCCAGAAAUCCUUCCAAGAACACAGGACUAUGGCCUGGACGUUUCAGCAUUUGGGAAAAUGGUCAGUGAGUGUCCUCAGCGUCUUUUAGAGUUGGCAGCCAGCUGCUGUCUGAUAGAGGCUUUCCGAAGACCCUCUUUCACAGAGCUUCAAGACGAGUUGGGUGAAAUCGCUGAGACUUUGGAGGCUCCUCACAGUGAUCUCACCACAGGCUGAUCUGCGGCACAUCCUCUGGUAUCCCAUCAGCCCUGCGAAUGGACACAAGCAGCUGGAGUUCUGUACAUAGACUUAAGCACAAUGACAAAUGCAGCCGAACUGCAGAUUUCUCUUUGGGCUGUUUGCAUUGAAAGAGCAAAUCAAGGAAAAGGUCGCUAUUUAUUAUGAACAUUCUACAAGUAACUAGAUGGCCUACAGUUCAACUCUGCACAGCUGUACAUAUUAUAUACUGUGCAAUAUAUAGUAAUAGUAUACCAGGGCAAAUAUUGUAUCAGGUUUCAGCUAAAGUGUUUAGCUGUUGUCAUUAUUUCAAAGCUACAGAUUUUCAAAGCUAUUGUUAUUCUUGUUUUGUAUAUGAAUCAUUUUAUAUUGAAAAACAACCCUUAAAUAGGUUUUGAGGCUUCAGAUAACCAUUGAUAAAAGGACUAACUUGGGGGGUUUCCACAAGUUCACAAGUUUUAAAUAACCAAAUAAUAUUUUCAUAGGCUUGAUUAAAUUAAAUUGUAUAAGAGAAAUUCAUUUAUUUUGGUACCAACUGCCCAAAUUGGAAAAAAGUGCAUUUGUAUUGCUGACCUUUUUAAAAAAGCGACAUAUUUGAAAAAUAUUUGUACUUUUCGUUAUCUGAAAAGCAAUUUAUAUAGAAGCAAGCACUCAACUCAUUACUGAGCUGAGCUGCUGAUCUUUAGAAAAUUCUCCAUAAGACCACCACAGGAUGAGGUUCAUUUCCUGCCUGCAAGGGCCUCGAUGUUGCUGCUGCAGUGUUCUCAUUGUGCCAAGUGUUUGUGAAAACAGUUGUUCUUUUCAACAUUCAAAGCUAAAAUGUUUCCUGUUUUAACACUUUUUGUCCAUUUUAGUUUACUUGUUUGCCAUGUGUUGUGAAUUUCAGUACUCACACAUACAGUAUGUAUCAGAAGGGUGAGAUGGCAUCAGUCCGACUCCAAUAAACAGUGACACCAAACAA